CUGAAGAAUCUCUAGCCCAGGCUCGCUUUAGUUGCGGCAGCAGAGGCGACAUGUCGCGGGUGGUGCUUUCUCGUCGCUUGUGCCGGGCGCUGCUGGUCCUCUUCCUCGCCUCGCUAUCCAGAGGCGUUUCCCCCGAAGCCCCAUCGGCGGAGCAGCGCUGCUUUUGUCAGGUCACUGGUCAUUUAGACGACUGCACUUGUGAUGUCGAGACUAUUGAUACCUUCAACAAUUAUAACCUUUUCCCCCAGUUGCAAGAACUUCUGCAAAGUGAUUAUUUCAGAUAUUACAAGGUUAACCUGAAGAAGCCUUGUCCUUUCUGGAGUGAUGGCAGUCAGUGUGGAAUUAGACACUGUGCUGUUAAUCCAUGCCCAUCUGAAGCGGUUCCUUGUGGGAUUAGAUCAGAGACUAAUAAGUAUUCAGAAGCAGCUGCUGUCACUCCCUUGGCUGAAAGCUGUGGAAAAGCAGAAAACCUUGGAGCUGUUGACAAAUCUUUGAGUGAAGAAACUGCACGGGCUAUGAUUCAAUGGACUCAGCAUGACGAUUCUUCAGAAAACUUUUGUGAAGCUGAUGAUAUCCAUUCUCCUGAAGCAGAAUAUGUGGAUUUGCUUCUGAAUCCAGAACGUUACACUGGCUACAAAGGCCCCGAAGCCUGGAAGAUUUGGAACAGUAUUUAUGAAGAAAACUGUUUUAAGCCUCGCUCAGUAAAAAGGCCUUUAAAUCCAUUGGCUUCUGGCAGAGGAGUAAGAGAAAAUGAAGGGAAUAUGUUUUACAGCUGGUUGCAAGAUCUCUGUGUGGAGAAGAGAGCUUUCUACAAACUUAUUUCCGGUCUUCACGCAAGCAUCAACAUUCAUCUCAGUGCCAGAUACCUUUUGCAAGACACGUGGGCAGAGAAGAAAUGGGGGCACAAUGUUACAGAGUUCCAGCUGCGCUUUGAUGAGAUCUUGACACAAGGCGAAGGUCCCAGGAGGCUGAAGAACCUGUAUUUCAUCUAUCUAAUUGAGUUACGGGCUCUCUCAAAAAUCUUGCCCUUUUUUGAGCGCCUUGAUUUCCAGCUUUUCACAGGGGACGAGGAUCAAGAUGUAAAAACCAAGAACCUUCUCCUGGAAGUUCUUCAUUUAAUUAAAUCUUUUCCUUUGCACUUCGAUGAAAAUUCACUUUUUGCUGGAAACCAAAAAGAAGCUGCCAAGUUAAAGGAGGAAUUUCGGUUCCAUUUUAAGAACAUUUCAAGGAUCAUGGAUUGUGUAGAGUGCCUAAAAUGUCGCCUUUGGGGGAAACUGCAAACUCAGGGCUUGGGAACAGCGCUGAAGAUCCUAUUUUCUGAAAAACUGAUAGAAAACAUACCAGAAAAAGGCCCUUCACAUGAAUUUCAUCUAACGAGGCAGGAGAUUGUGUCCCUCUUCAAUGCUUUUGGAAGGAUUUCAACAAGCGUUAAAGAAUUAGAAAACUUCAAGGAGCUCUUACGCCCUCUUCAGUGAAUUGACCCUGAUGGAGACCAACUUCCUUGUUUUAUGCAGAUUGGGCUCAGAGUUUAUUCCUGCUGGUGUCAUGCCAGUAUGACCCUAUUCUUGGCAAGAAGGGCUAAAUCAACAUGAUUGUAAAAAAAUGGUCACAUUCUCUAGCUUACAAGUUUAUAUUUGGCUCUGGGGUAGCUGAAAUAUUCAUGAAAGACUCUUCUUUCAGAGCAGGAUAUAUAUCAGAUAUUGGCCUUAAGCAUUCUGAUUUUUUAACACGCACACGCACACACA